ACAAAGCUAUAGCUGCCAAAACAAAAUGGUGCAGCCCACUGACAAAGUGGAAUAUCAUGUGGUAAUUUGUUUUCUGCAUUGAAGGGGAAUACUACCACAGUAAUUCAUAGUGAAUUGGUGGAAGUGUAUGGCAACAAUACUCCAUCAUAUGAGGCAGUGCUUAGAAGGCACAGACACUCCCAGAAUGAUGGAGACUGAAGUGCACGAUCGUCUCUCCCUGACAAAUCAGGUAUCACAGUAGAAGAGGAGGCCCUGGUGCUUUAAGACUAAGGCAGUCCAGAGAUACCAAAUACUGAUGAUACCAAACCACUAUGGAAUGCCACCUGGACAGAUAAGCUGAAGCGUAAGCUUUUAACACAUUAUGACAAGUUCUCGAGACCUGCACAGCACACUAAUGCAACUGUUGUCAAGAUGGUAUUAACUUUCCGACAUAUUGAACUUGAUGAGUUAAAAUCAGUGAUGACAGUGUAUGGCUGGAUGAGAAUGCAGGAUGGGGCUCCACCCCAUUUUCAUCAUGAAGUUCGUGGGUACCUGAAUAUGGAGCUGCUGCAUCGAAGGAUCGGCCAUGCUACAGAAGGGGACAGCUGUUUCAUGAAGUGGCCUCCCCGAGCACCAGAUCUCGCUCCAUGUGACUUUUUUCUGUGGGAACACAUUAAAGAUCUGGUGGAUGUACCGCCUCUACCAUGUGACAUAGCAGACCUCUGGGAGAGAAUACGCGAAGUGACUGCCACACUCGACGAUGCCAUGCUGGGACGGAUAUGGACAGAUGAGAAACUGAAGUGGAAUAAAACAGAAUGGGGUGGACUCCAUGAGCUACAUUUAGCUGAUCAUGAAAUUUGGCAGCCAGAUAUUAUCCUUUACAACAGUGCGUCAGGAUCAAGUAUCGAUCAUUACGGAAAUUCUCAUUGUGUUGUGUUUCCAACUGGAGAAGUCAUCUGGGUACCCCCUGCACAGUUUCUUGUUUUCUGUGAUCUUGACCUUCGUCUGUGGCCAUAUGAUACACAGAUCUGUCAUUUAACACUUGGAUCUUGGACUUAUGAUGGAGAUCAAGUGGAUCUGCAACUUGGUGUACCAUUUGAUGGUUUUGAGGAGUUGCAGAUGGACCUGUGGAAUACAAAUUCUGAAUGGCAGAUAGUGGAUGUAAAAGGAAAUCGAGCUGAACAGUAUUACUCAUGUUGUACAGAACCAUACAUUGACAUCACAUACAACAUCACUCUCCGUCGACAAUCUCCUGCUUACUCUGCCAUUGUGAUCACACCAGCUGCAGCAAUUGUUCUGAUGACACUGGCAGGAUUUUGGUUACCUCCAAAUGCAGGAGAAAAGAUUUUGCUCAACGGUUGUACAGCAAUAAUUAUAUGCCUGUUCCUGCUGUAUUUUUCUCAGAAGUUACCUGCAAUGGCAGGAAACACACCAUUAGUAGUGCUCUUUUACAGUAGCUCACUGCACCUUGUGAUUUUGUCACUGGUGGUGACUGUUGUUGUCCUAAACCUAUCACGCAAUUGCUACAGCAUUCCAGUUCCAUGGGUGUUGCAAUCACUGCUCCUUGGUUGGCCAGGCAGAAUGUUAGGGCUACAUCACAUUGUCUUGCUGGUACCAUCAGCAGAAGACCGCCAUGAGAGCUGUUCAGGAAUGGAAGACAGCAGUAUUGAAGCCUCAAGUAGCGGGGGCAAUGUGAGCAUUGGUGAUGACAGCCGACGUGUUCUGACACGUACAUCCUCACAUCGACGCCAUCAAGUUAACUGGAUUCUUCUAGCAAUAGCUAUUGAUCGCUUGUGCUUUCUGCUCUACUGUCUACUGUUCAUCAUACUUGCAACAGUGUACUCUGUGUAGUGUGGAAUCUUCACAUCGGUAAUGUGACUAUUUUGUCAUGCAGUGGACAGUGUCAGCUAUGGGAAAAUGAGUUCUCACAAACAGUUUACCCAGUACAAAUCUAAACUGUGUGUUUACAGAGAUAGUGUGUCUCAAACAUUUUGAAUUUCAUUCUCAAAUUCAUAAUUAUUCACUUGUAUCUAUGAGCACCUGCCUUCAAACACCCUUUGAAUAUAUUUCACUGCUAAUAGUGGUACUUGUUUGUUGCAUUAACUUAACAAAUUCUGAAAUUCAGUGUUGUGUAUUAUUGUGACUGUUUCAUUCAAUAUAUAGAAACAGAAUGUUGAAAA